AUGGAUAUCAUUGCGCACCAGAUCCCUCGCAGCCCAGGCAUCUCAACUUUAGAAAUUACAAAAAUAAUCUCUUCUCAACAACUAAGAACAAUGUCCGAAGUUACUCGUACUAACAACAACAGCGCUUCCUAUCCUAGUGAAACUGCCCCUUCUGAGAUGGGACUUACAGGCUAUCCUGGUCAUUUAACUGACGAGGAGAAGAAAACCCUAGAAACUUUUAGGGAAGGGUUGAAAGCCGCAGGAUACACUCAAAGACUGGACGAUUCCACACUCCUUCGUUUCCUUCGUGCCAGAAAGUUUGAUGUAGCAAAGGCAACCGAGAUGUUCGUGAACUGUGAAAAAUGGAGGAAAAAAGAAAACGUGGACCAUAUCUUGGAGGAGUUCCACUACGAGGAGAAACCUUUGGUUGCUCAAAUGUACCCUACAUAUUACCACAAAACCGACAAGGACGGAAGACCUGUAUACUAUGAGGAACUUGGAAGGGUCAACAUCAACGAGAUGUUGAAGAUCACCACACAGGAACGCAUGGUCAAGAACCUAGUUUGGGAGUACGAGUCUUUUGUUAAGUUCAGAUUACCUGCCUGUUCUAGAAAGAGUGGAGUGUUGAUAGAAACUUCCUGUACUAUUUUAGAUUUGAAGGGAAUCACUAUAUCAUCUGCUUAUAGUGUUAUGGGUUACGUCAAGGAGGUGUCCUAUAUUGGUCAAAACUAUUAUCCAGAGAGAAUGGGUAAGUUUUACCUUAUCAAUGCUCCGUUUGGAUUUUCUACUGCUUUCAAGAUAUUCAAGCCCUUCCUGGACCCAGUUUCAGUGUCGAAGAUUUUCAUUCUUGGUUCUUCUUACAAGUCUGAACUACUUAGACAAAUUCCUAAGGAGAACCUUCCUGUAAAGUUUGGAGGUGAAUCUGAGGUUCCCGACUCUGAAGGAGGAUUACUGUUGAGUGAUAUUGGACCUUGGAGAGAACCGGAAUUUAUUGGUCCAGAAGGUGAAGCUCCUCACGUAUUCUCUUUGAAAUAG